AUGGCGCCUUAUCCUAAGGAAUUUGACCACUUAGAUGCAGCAGUCAAUAGGCUUACGAGCCUUUUGAACAAAGAAAAGGUCAGGCAUAUCUUUAUUGGUGGAUAUGCCACUUGUCUCCUUGGUGGAGCCCGCGUUACUGAGGAUGUUGACCUGAUCACGGAAAAAGAAUGUCGCAAAUAUUUGCUUGAAUCUGGUGACUUCACAGUCAGCACUGAUAAUCGAUUGGCCUUCAGGUACCGCGACAAAGUUGUUCAUAUCGAUAUCCUAAUCACGGGACGCUGGCGAGACACAUCAUGCGAUGUUCCUCUUCCUCGUAAGCUCAACACUUACCUUGUAGCCCCGAGGGACUGCCCGGAGCGUCGACUGCAUGACCAUGUACCCAUUAUGCACCCCUCUGCGCUUGUAUUGUCAAAACUCAAGCCCUGGGGCCUUGCUGAUCGCGCCACGCGUAUGGAAUUUCACAUGAGGUGUCGCACUGAUCUGAUGGAUAUAAAAACCAUCCUCCAGUGGCUUGUGGAGAACGGCAUGGAGGUUCAAUAUUCUUUGGUCUCCGAGAUUCCUAAGCAAGACCUGCUACCAUUGCUGUCACGACUGUACCGGAAAGAACCAACAUUGCGGGGACUUAUGGCCGAAGCAUUUUCGCCCGACGACCUACUGGAUGUGCUUAAAUACCAAUCUAAGAGAUGCACCUAG